UAUAAAAUAAGACGAAAAUGCCUUAGAGUGCAUAUUCCGAAAGCGACAGGAGGAUGGGAAGGCAAGUCCUACGAUGCGCACUUGCGCUCGUUCUUAUUAGCGGAGGGAUUGCCCUGUACAUCGAAGAUCAUGACGAGUCUGACAACAAAAAAACUCCUAAAGAUUUGGUAUCGAUCACUCAUCUUCAAGAUGACCCACCUAGCCGUCCCCCAGGAAGACCAAGACCACCCUUAAGUCCCGUGCCAGCUCCGGCAGGAGGCCACGAUCCCGAGUAUGCUGCAGGCGGCAGAAGACCUGGUAGAAGGCGUCCUCAGAGGAGGAGAAGACCCGGACAUAGGAGUCCUGGAGAGGGUAGUGGUGAUGAAAUGGAAUCAAGACCUAAAUCGCCUAGACCUAGUCAAGGGAGCAGAAGACCCGGUGGAAUGCGUCCUCAGAGGAGGAGAAGACCCAGUCAUAGAAGUCCUGGAGAGGGCAGUGGUGAUGAAAUGGAAUCAAGACCUAAAUCACCUAGACCUAGUCACGGGAGCAGAAGACCCGGUGGAAUGCGUCCUCACAGAGGAAGAAGACCCAGUCAUAGGAGUACUGGAGAGGGACGACCUAGACCUAGUCCGACUAGACCCAGUCACGGGGGCAGAAGACCCGGUGGAUUGCGUCCUCACAGGGGGAGAAGGUCCGGUUAUAGGAGUCCUGGAGAGGGCAGUGGUGAUGAUUUGGAAAGCCCUAGAUCACCUGGAGAGGGUAGUGGUGAUGAUUUGGAAAGCCCUAGAUCACCUGGAGAGGGUAGUGGUGAUGGUUUGGGAAGACCUAGACCACCUGGACCUCAUGAACCGCCCAGACCUAGUCAUGUGGGCAGAAGACCCGGUAGAUUGCGUCCUCACAAGGGGAAAAGAUCCGUUCAUAGAAAUCUUGGAGAGGGUAGUGGUGAUGAUUUGGAAAGACCUCGACCGCCGAGGCUUCGUGGACCGCCCAGACCUAAUCAUAGGGGCAGAAGACCCGGUGGAUUGCAUCCUCCUAGGAGGAGUCCUGUAGAGGGUAGUGGUGAUUUGGAAAGCCCUAGAUCACCUGGACAGGGUAGUGGUGAUUUGGAAAGCCCUAGAUCACCUGUAGAGGGUAGUGGUGAUGAUUUGGAAAGACCUAGACCACCUGGACCUCCUGUUCCGCACAGGCCUAGUCAUGCAUUUGCAGGGGGCAGAAGACCCGGUAGAUUGCGUCCUCAAAGGGGGAGAAGAUCCGUUCAUAGGAGUCCUGGAGAGGGCAGUGGAGAUGAUAUGGAAAGACCUAGACCACCUGGACCUCCUUUACCACCCAGACCUAGUCAUGGGGGCAGAAGACCCGGUGGAUUGCGUCCUCCUAGGAGGAGUCCUGGAGAGGGUAGUGGUGAUGAUUUGGAAAGACCUAGACCACCUGGACCUCCUGGUCGGCUGAGACGUAUUCAUGGGGGCAGAAGACCCGGUGGAUUGCGUCCUCCCAGGUGGAGUCCUGGAGAGGGUAGUGGUGAUGAUUUGGAAAGACCUAGACCACCCGGAUCGCCCAGACCUAGUCAUGGGGGCAGAAGACCCGGUGGAUCGCGUCCUCACAGGGGGAGAAGACCCGGAGAGGGCCCUGGAGAGGGAAGUGGGAUGAUUUGGGAAGACCUAAAGCACCUGGCCCGCUUGGACCUCCUGGACCCCCCAGACCUAUAGUCAUGACUAGAGGACAAAAGCGGUCCAGCCAGGAAGUGAAAGAGCUAUAACGGACAAGAUUUACCAGUUGUACAUAAUCAUAGAAGUUCGCGCAUUGCUUACUGUAAUUUGCAAUUAAGUGAAAGGAACUUGUGAAGCAAACAGUAACAGGACUGUUAAAAUGCACAUCAUAAAUUCGUUUUGUAUACAGUCUGUUUCAUUGUGCACUAGCGCGAGGUACCUGAUGUAGACAGUAAUAGAUAUCAUUAAGAAGCAAAGUAAAAUUUUAUAUGAUUUUUGUAUGAAUUUUUUACCUAACAGAUGACAUUAAAUGUUUAUAAAUAUAAAAAGUACUCGAC